ACCAAACAAGAGACACUGUUGUAACGUUGUGACUUAUCUGUAGUAACAUGAUCUGGGUGUCGGGUCAGGGGUGAACAUUCCAACGCACCUUUCGGGAGUCGGGGAGAGUUCUUGUGUAGUCGUCACCCAGUCGGUUGUAUCGAGAAGGAAUAAAGUUAAUUGUUGAUUAACUACGUGUUUUUUAUGUGCAACAAUGUCGAAAACAAAAGCGAUAUAAAAGUGGCGACGAGGAUUAAGAUAAAGACUUACCAGCAGAAAUUACAAUUCGAGAUUAAAAGCCAGAAAUGUCGAUCCCAGGAACAUCAACCAGUGCAGUUCGUUUCGAGCCAUUCAAGAUGGACAGCCAGUGGAAAACUUACAAGGACCGCUUUAAUUUUUGCUUGAAGGCAAACCAGAUUGAAAAUGACCAAGAUAAGUGUGCUUUAUUUUUUACGGUGUGCGGUGAAACUCUAUAUGAACUUGUAGUAACGCUCAUAGCCCCGAAAGAAACGACACAAGUUAACUUUAAUGAAGUACUUAACGCUCUUGAUAGUCAUUUUAACCCGAAACCUAGUGAAAUCGUCGAAUCGUUCAAAUUUAACCAGAGGUCGCAAAAACCAGGAGAGAGUAUCAACGACUAUGUCGCGGAACUACGGAAAAUUGCAAUGAAUUGCAACUUCGGUGCCUCACUAGAGCGUAUGUUAAGAGAUAGGCUAGUGGCUGGUUUAAGGGAUAAAGGAAUACAACAUGUGUUAUUGGCAAAAACGGAUACUACUUAUAAGGCCAUUUUGGAUGCAGCAGAGGCAGCAUCUAAAGAUGUUAGCCAGCUUGGGCCAAACGGAAACAACGCCCAAGUGUAUAACUUAAAGGCGGACUACAAGAGAAAGAAAGAGUCAGCCGUAUUACGCUGUUUUCGAUGCACCGGAAGUCAUAACCCGAAUAAUUGCAGAUUUGCUCAGGUAAUCUGUAAUUUCUGCGGAAAUAAGGGACACAUAGAAAAAGCAUGUAUCACGAAACAAAAGAGUGGAGGAAGAAAAAUUCCAAACCAGGGAAGAAACCAAAUUGGGCCACAACGGAAAGAGGUAUCCAGCCAGAGAGCCAAAGUACACCGAAUUGAGGAACAUAAAAAUUUAACAUCGAAUCCGGUAGAGGAAUAUACAUCUCUAUUCAAAAUACGUGGAAGUAAGAUACCACCCUUAAAAAUCUUAAUCAAUAUUGAAAAUAUACCAGUCAUGAUGGAAAUUGAUUCAGGGGCGGGGUACACUGUAGUGAGUGAACAGACCUUAAAAGAAAUUAAAAUCCAGCGAGACCAGUUAGAACCGGAAGAAGUCAAAUUACAGACAUGGGCGGAUCAGAAUCUGGAGGUAGUGGGCACUACAAUGGUGAGUGUACAAUUUAAAGGAAGAGUUAUGAAUCUACCAUUGUUAGUGAUUAAAGGAAAUGGACCAGGACUUGUUGGAAGAAAUUGGUUUGAACCAUUAGGAAUCAGAAUAGAGGGACUAUAUCACCAACAUGAUGCAGAGGAUCUGAUACAAGAAUUCCAGCAUUUAUUCAAUAAUUCAGAAAUGGGUCUAUUUCGAGGCGAGGCAGUCAGUUUAGCGAUAAAUAAAGAAGCUAAGCCUAUUUUUAUGCGGGCAAGACAGGUUCCUUUUGCAUUGAGAACAAAGGUAGAACAAGAGUUGAAUCGACUUCAUCAGUUAGGAGUUAUAGAACCAGUUAGAACUUCUAAGUGGGCCACUCCUGUGGUACCCGUUGCAAAACCAGAUGGCAGUGUACGUUUAUGUGGAGAUUACCGCUGCACUGUAAACAGAGAGGCAAUAAAAGUAGAUGUAUACCCAUUGCCGGCCAUUAACGAUAUACUUGCUUCAUUAUCUGGUGGAAAGGUAUUUGCCAAGCUAGAUUUCAAGGAAGCGUACUUCCAAUUUCCUGUGGACCAGGAGUCGUCUGAGAUACUGACUAUAAACACAUGCAAGGGUUUAUACAGAAUGAAAAGAUUACCAUUUGGAGUGAGUAGUUGUCCAGCUAUUUGCCAGAGAGAGAUGGAAAAGAUCGUAGGAGGUAUUCCAGGGACAAUUGUGAUGAUAGAUGAUAUACUUGUCAUGGGACUCAAUGAAGAAGCCCUACAUCAAAAGUUGAGGAAAAUUCUUAACCGGAUUUCAGAAGCUGGACUAAAACUGAACAAAAGCAAAUGCCUAUUCAAAACAAAUCAACUUCAAUUUUUAGGAUAUUUGAUAGAUGCUCAGGGCAUUCGACCCACACCAGAUAAAAUUGCGGCGAUCCAACAGGUUCAGGACCCGAGAAACAAACAAGAGUUACAAGCAUUUUUGGGAUUUGUAAACUUCUAUGAUAGAUUUUUGAAAGAUAAAGCAACGGAAGCUGAACCAUUAUAUAGACUCCUAGACAAAAACAAACCAUGGAUCUGGAAAAAAGAACAAAGCAAAGCAUUCGUGAAGAUAAAAAAGAUGCUAACACCAGAAACAUUAUUAAUCCAUUAUGAUUUAAAUAAACCAGUAUUGUUGUCAUGUGAUGCUUCACCAUAUGGAGUUGGAGCAGUACUUUCACACAUAUUACCAGAUGGAUCAGAAGCUCCUAUAUACUUUGCAUCGAGGACACUCCACCCAGCAGAAAGAAAUUAUUCACAAUUCGAGAGAGAAGUAUUAGCUAUAAUCUUUGGCAUCACAAAAUUUCAUAAUUACCUAGCUGCUCGAAAUUUUACUAUAUAUACGGAUUGUAAGCCAGUUGUGGGCCUUCUGAACCCUGCUAAACCAAUUCCUGAUUUAAUCUCACCCAGAAUGAUUCGUUGGUGUUUGAGAUUAGCAGCAUACUCAUAUAGGAUUGAACAUCGUCGGUCAGCAGAGAUGACUAACGUUGAUGCAUUAUCGCGUAUACCAACUACUGUGGAAGAAAAGACUAUCCCCGAACCAGGAGAGAUAUUCCUUAUAUUUGAACAGCCAGAAUUGCCCAUCACAUCUCAGGAAGUAAGCAGAGAGACAAACAAAGACUCAGUGUUAAAAAGAGUUGAACAUGCAAUCUUACACGGAUGGCCACUUAGUAGUCCAGAAGAACUUAUGCCUUUCGCUAGGCGUAAGCUAGAACUUUCAAUUCACCGCGGUUGCAUUUUAUGGGGACAAAGAGUAGUUAUCCCUAGAACCUUGCAACCACAGCUAUUACACCUGUUACACUCCACACAUGAGGGCAUGUCUAGAAUGAAAAGAACAGCCAGGAGCUAUUUUUGGUGGCCUGAAAUGGACUCCCAGAUUGAAGAGACAGUAUCGAUGUGUAGAAAAUGCCAAGAACAGAGGUCAAACCCAACCCCAGUUAAAGACACUCAUUGGCCAUCACCCUCGGGACCUUGGGACCGAGUACACAUUGAUCAUGCAGGACCACAUUAUGGACGUACAUAUUUUAUUCUAGUGGAUGCUUAUUCGAAGUGGGUGGAGGUAGAAGAAGUACAAACUCAGUCAACCCAGGAAACCGUGAAACUAUUGAGAAGAAUAUUUAGUACACAUGGACUACCAAAUACAAUUGUAUCCGACAAUCAUCAAAGCUUUAAAUCCCAAGAAAUGGAAGAAUUUAUACGAAAAAAUGGGAUACAGCACAUAUUUACCCCUCCAUAUCAUCCCUCUUCCAACGGACAAGUAGAGAGACAAGUGCAAACUAUAAAGAAGAGAAUCGAAAAAUUACAUCACAGCCAAGAAAAAAGUGAGGUGUUGCUCCCCAGACUUUUGUUUAGCUUACGCACAACACCUAGUAGCACUACAGGAAAAACGGCAGCAGAACUGUUGAUGGGAAGAAGACUACGUACCGUCUAUGAUCGAUUAAAUCCACACCUAUAUAAGGAGAGAAAAGAGGAAACAAGAAUACGAGAAUUCCAAAUAGGAGACAACAUCAAUUACAGAUGUUAUAGAGACGCUAAGAAGUGGAAACCAGGUAAGGUGACACAGAAGACCGGACCAUAUACAUACAUGAUAGCCUCACCAGAAGGAACUAUAGAAAGAAGACAUAUUGAUCAACUGAUAGCUCGAAGAGAACUACCACUCCAGAACAAGCAACAUCCAGUUUGUCAGAACAACCAACAUCCAGCUCCCCAGAAUAAUCAACAUCAGGACAAAGGACCACCGGUUAGAAGGAGCUCUAGAACACAGACACUACCGGCAUAUCUCCGAGACUUCAUUUUAGAGGAGGAAGAUCUGUUGUAACGUUGUGACUUAUCUGUAGUAACAUGAUCUGGGUGUCGGGUCAGGGGUGAACAUUCCAACACACCUUUCGGGAGUCGGGGAGAGUUCUUGUGUAGUUGUCACCCCAGUCGGUUGUAUCGAGAAGGAAUAAAGUUAAUUGUUGAUUAACUAGUGUUUUUUAUGUGCAACAAUGUCGAAAACAAAAGCGAUAUAAAAGACACUCAUCUAUCAAUUUA